AUGUCCACGCCCUCCCCGACGCACGCUCCGAUUCGUAGAGACCCUCCGUCGUUCAGCCGAUCCCGUAUAUCCAUGGACAGUGACGAGGAUGACAUGAGUCCUCCUCCGCCUCGAAGAGAUUAUUCUUCCAUGUCAGCACCCACCGCGCAGACGACCAGCUCGAUGUUACGGCUGCCGACUGGUUGGUGUGAACAAAUCCGGCAUGCCGCUCUAUCUGUAUCUCCCGACGGGCGGGAACUAAGCUACAACGCUGCAUCGAACAGUGGUACCGACAAGGACUCGGCUGCUGCAAGGACGACCCAUCCCAUCCCACCGGCAUGCGGUAUAUUCUAUUAUGAAGUUGAGAUCACGAGUAAGACUACCAAAGGGCACAUCAGCAUUGGAUUCAACGGAAAGGAUGUCAAGACGUCUCGGCUUCCUGGUUGGGAGAAGCAUUCCUGGGGAUACCACGGUGAUGAUGGGUUGGCUUUCGCUGCGGAUAGGCAGGGAAGACCAUACGGCCCUCAGUUUGGAGCGGGCGAUGUCAUUGGCUGUGGCAUCGAUUUCAGCCAAAACAAAGCUUUCUACACGAAGAAUGGCAAGUUGAUCGGUCAUGUCUUCGAUAAUAUUGGCAAGGACUGCGAACUCUAUCCCGCAGUCGGCCUGUGCCACAAUGGCGAAUCGAUACGGGCAAACUUUGGCCACGAGACCUUUAAAUACGACAUCGACGACCAUGUGCUCCAGCAACGCAACCAGACGUGGGCAAAUAUCCAAUCUACGCCACUCAGGUGGCCUUCGCCCGCGCCCGACUCGAAGGGUUAUGAGGGUCAGGACGUGAGCGGGUCGUCAUUAUCUUCUGAGGAUCGGGUAAAGGUUCCUAUCAACCGCCUAAUUCUGGCGUAUCUAUCCCACCACGGCUAUGCGCGAACAGCUCGGUCGUUCGAGGCCACUUGCAAGGAGAGAGGGGCUCUCUCUGACUCGGAGAGCUUGGCGCCGACUUCUCCUGCUGCUGCCGCUGGUACAGAGGACCAGGUCAUGGACAUGGAUGUCGUUUCUACCUCUGUGCGGCCGGUCUCGGAGACGGACGAUAUUGAGCUCCGCACGCAAAUCGUCCAGUCCGUCUUCAGGGGCGACGUCGACACCGCGCUCUCAGAGACGCGCAAGUACUUCCCCGCGGUUCUCGAGGCGAACCAGGGCCUAAUGCUCAUCAAGCUUCGGUGCCGCAAAUUCGUUGAGAUGAUCCUCGAAGCGGCCGAGCUCAAGAAGAAAAUGGGCGUCGAAGAGUCUGAGAUGGCUGUCGAGACCUCAGGAGAUGGUAUGGCGUACGAAGACGUGGUGGGAGGGAUGGACAUCGACGACGAUGCAAGUAUAGGUGCCGACGGUGCCGACGGCUCGACGAACGGCUUCGGUGUCGCGAGCAGCUCUGCGAUUCCGAUCAAGAAACGCAAACAGAGCUUCGCGUCGCAACAUGGCGGUCCGGCGGCGACUCUGUACGGUGACGCGCUCUCGAAGGCAGUUGCGUAUGGUCAGGAGCUGCAGUCGGACUACAACGACCGACCUGAAGUGCGCGACAUCCUUAAACGCGCGUCGGUCAUCGUCGCGUACGAUGACCCGCUGGAGGCCGGUGGGGAUGCAGCAGAGGUCGCGGGUCAGAAUGCCCGUGCCGUCCUUGCGACUGAGUUGAACCAGGCAAUUCUGCAGUCGCAAGGGCGGCCGACUCGCCCAGCGCUUGAGAGGCUCUACCGCCAAACAGGAGCCUGCUUAAUGCAGCUUGCGUUGCUUGGCGUCGGGGCGGCCGCGUUUGCGGACAUGCCCAAGGAGCUGUUGGAUGCUUGA